AUGGCCACCUUCACUAGCCGCAAGUUCUGCCCAUUUUGGGCCAAGGGAUGUUUUUGUAACCCUGUGCGAACUGCAACUAGGCUCCAGGCGACCGGGGGAGGCCCGACGGGAACGCUUCCGGAAACAUGCCUGAGCUUGUGCUUGGAUGCAAGUGGCGAGGUCCCAAGCGUGGGAGCUGGGCAACUCGUGGUGGUCGGAGUCCGCGAGAUGUUUUCCUGCCCGCUGAGCAGCUUGGCAGUGCCACCAUGGGGCCAAACAAGCUUGAAUUGGGAACCGAGUUGGCAAAGACCUCACCGGCACCAGGGGGGCCACAUAGUCCACAAUGCCAAACGAGCAGAGCCUAACAUGCAGCGGCGCUCGGGACUGCUGCGAGAGGGUCAUGGAAAACGUCGGCUCGCUGCAAAGAUUUACAUUGCCGCCUCCACAUCGGGGGUCCAAGCCCACGAUGCCAAAGACGUGCAAGCCACACGCACUCAACUCAUGGCCACGGUCAAUGCAACUGCGGCGCCCAUGCUCUGGCCACACAGGAUCAUGCCCUGCGCAUCCAUCUGGUGGAUAGCAACGCGGAGCGAUGCGCAAGGGAAGCCAGUGAGCAGGACCUCCUCCAUCAGCUGCAGUAUUCGGGUUUCGCCCAUCAUCAGGCUUCUACACUCUGAACACGGCACCGCCACCAGGAAUGCGCACAGCACCUGUGAAGACGAGUAUGGAGCUUUCGAGAGGCGUCCUGUGAAUGUCGGCCAAAGAUACAACUAA